AUGAAAAGCGGUAGUAGUCCUGUGUGCAAGGUUCGCGCCCUCGGCAAGGUUGAAAUUAUGAUGUCCAGGACGCCACAGAUGGGCCUCGAAAGCUACGUGACACACGCCGAAACGGGGAUUAUCAUUGGCUUUCUGCGCGAAUGGGUCGAGUCGUCCCACCUAGGCGCGACUCUAGACAGCAUCUACAUGGGCAAUAUUGACCUCGAUACCAGACAGAAGUGGGCAGACCAGAUCGAGGAAGCGAUGACGGAUCUGCAUGACAUUGGCCUCUUUUGGGGCGAUUGCAAGCCAGUCAACGUCAUUGUCGAUGAGAAGCAGAACCUUUAG